UAAGCUUCUUCUUCUGGUCCGGAGGUUGGUAAAAAGCUCAACAGCCACAAUCAUGGAUUCUUCGUCGACUUUGAAUUUGAACAUAUGGAAGGACACUACUACACCUAGAUCCUUAUAUUCUAAUCGGCCGCGUUUCUCUACGUUCUCAUUACACUCUUCAUCCUCCUCUUAUUCGACAGCAUCAGCCGUAUAUAAUACAUCUACCAUAAAUACCGCAAGGAAAGCAAUUACAAGAUCCUUACAGAUCAAGGGUCAUUCAAACAACAAUGAUUCAGAUAACCCAACUCUGUUUAAAUUGAAACCGAUCAGAAAUCUCAAAUCAUCAUCUGGGUAUCGAUCUUUCUGGCGUCGGAUUCUAUUUGGGUCCAACAAAUUCCGAAGCGUCAUUUUGCUCAAUCUCGUCACAGUUAUUUACGCUAGUAACAUUUCAGUUGUUAAAGAUGUUGAGACAAUCACGGAUCCAGCAGCAUUCACUGUGGUUCGAUUUGUUAUAUCAGCUAUUCCAUUUAUCCCUUUUGCUUUCAAGACAUGGGAAGAUAUUCCUACUCGUAACGCUGGAAUUGAGUUGGGUUGUUGGAUUAGUUUAGGAUAUUUGAUGCAAGCAUUUGGGUUACUUACAUCAGAUGCUGGACGUGCAUCUUUUCUUUCCAUGAUGACUGUAAUUGUGGUUCCAAUUCUUGAUGGAAUGUUAGGGGCAAUUAUUCCUUCACGUACAUGGUUUGGAGUUUUAAUGUCUGUUCUAGGAAUCACAAUGUUGGAAUCAAGUGGAUCUCCUCCCAGUGUUGGAGAUCUGCUGAACUUUUUGAGUGCUAUCUUUUUCGGUAUUCACAUACUAAGAACAGAACACAUAUCAAGACAAACCAACAGAGAUAAAUUCUUACACCUGCUUAGCUACGAGGUAUGUGUCAUUGCUAUCUUCUCAACUUUUUCGUACUUAAUUGGAGCUUGGUUUGGUGGUGGCUUUGAGGAGAGUUCUUCACCUUUGACCUGGACAUUGAUUUGGGAUUGGAUGGAAGCAUUUCCGUGGAUACCUGCACUUUAUACUGGUGUGUUCUCCACAGUAUUAUGCUUAUGGGUGGAGAUGAGUGCCAUGCGUGAUGUUUCGGCUACUGAAACUGCAAUAAUAUAUGGUCUGGAGCCAGUAUGGGGUGCUGGUUUUGCAUGGUUUCUUCUUGGAGAAAGAUGGGGAGUGACUGGCUGGAUUGGAGCUGCUUUUGUGCUUGGGGGUAGCUUGAUGGUUCAGUUACACGGUUCAUCUACUCCAGCAUCAUCUUCUCUGCCCUUCCAAGAUUCAGAUUCUAAGCAGAAGGAGAAUCACUCAUUAGUUUCGAACAAGCAAAUUCCUUCACCUCUUCGCCAGCCAAUUGUUGUCACCCCCAGAAGAGAUGAAACAGAUCCAUUUAAGAAGUGAGAGCUAAUAUCAGCCGUUGGAUUAAUUUUGAUCAGCUGGUACAUAUUACUUAAAAUACAGUAUAAGGGGUUGUAGUUUUUGUAACCCAUAACAACUAUAGACAUCUAAGAGCCCAAUUUGGAAACAGUUUUGUUUCUGAAUCUUGAUAUGGCUGAGAAGAAAACGGCAAUCAAAUUUUGGAUCAAGACACCUUUUGUAUGAAAGGUAUAGUUAGUAGGACACCAGAAAUUGCGUCAUCUUCACGUCGAUGAUCCAACUAAUUUUCAUGAAAUUUGGAAUAUUUGUAUAUCUUUUCCUGAUGUUUUUAUUUUUUAGCUUUUUAUCACUGAUGCAAGUAUAUGGAUCUGAAAUGAAGUCAUUAUUGUAUACUAGCAGAUUGUAUUGAAGUUCAAUAAUAAUACCAACUAGCCCAAACUGGUAAAGUUGAUGGUAUGCUUUUCAAGGCUGUUUUGUGUUGUUA